CCCACUGCGGAGUGAAAGGACGCAACAAGGGAUCUUUAAAUCCGCACAAAACGCCUGGAAAACCAAAACAUUUGGAAUUAAUUGCAUCAGAAAUAUUUUAUUGGAAGCUCAGCAGGAAGUAACAGAGGCCCUUUUCUAUUUUUCAAUUGCUCUUCACACCUUGCCAUCAUUAUGGACUCCUCACCAGUCCUUCGUCAGCAAAGUCAGAACAAAAUCCGCCGUGACAUGAUGAGAACAAAAAAUGAACAUAACAAAGUUCCAGCGCAUCCAAAGCCUUCGAAACUGCUCCCCACAACUCACCUUUCCAACCAGAAUAUUGAGAACCAGGAUCCAGGAAUCUCAGAAAUGUGUAGGAAGGCACCUCAGCGACCAGGUGUUAGUAGGCUUCCAGUGCUCGCAAAGUCCCUUCGUCUCCAGACUCCCUCUGACUUCAGUCAAUCUCACUGUAGGUGGGAGGAGAAACCUCUGGCUGGGAAAACUAGGAAGAAAAAGCCAUGCACUAGGCCUGUACCUUUCAACUUUUCUCAGCCCAAGAUAUCAAGAGUGGCCACUGAAAAUCAACAACCCCUCACUGUUUCCCAAUCAAGGACUGGCACUCAUGUUGUCCAACCUGAUUACAGUGUAUGCAAUGCUCGUCUAAAAACCCAGAACACUAAUGUAAAGCCUACGAAACAGCCAGCUACGUUAAACCGCAAUGUGGACUCAGCUAAAGGAACAGGGGCAUCUAAUGGAAAGGCUGAAGAAAAUACAUACGGGCAGAUCUCAGGUCAACCGGGGCCUUCCGACACGUUUAAGACUUCAGCCAUUUCAGCCAAUCCUUCAUCAUCAAAUCCUAAUAAUGCUAUUCAUCAGACCAGCGCUGCUUCUUCUGCACAGCCUGUCUUUAGUGCAGAGGCCUUUCUGGAUAACAUGAGUCUGCUUAGUCUCAAAGACUCUGCCAAAACAUCCCAUUCUACUCAGAACAUGCAGCCGACCACAGAGGGCAGAGUUUCCAAAUGUUCAACCGACAAAGGGGAGAACUUCCAGUCUGAUCAUGCAGCUUUGCUCAGUAUCCUACGCAACGAAGGACUAAGGGCCACAUGUUCUCCCCAGUCCAACUCCUACAACUAUCUGCCCCAGCGAGUGUCUGUCAUGAAGGGUCGACAAAAAGCUGGACCCACUACAGGAUUAAUAAAGUCGAUGCAGUUCUCCCCGGACCCGGCUGCUCUGCAAAGUAUCCUGCUGAACGAGGGGGUAAAGGGUGGAGGGCCUGUCGGUGCCACACCCCGAAACUCCACCUGUCCAUCAGGCAGAGGCACUUCAAUCUACACAGCUCAGAGAGUGCCUCUCAGAAAGAACCGUGCAGAGGCGACCGGAGGAGCAGUAGCUUUUUCAUCCUCAGCAAUAGCAGUCAAAGACACUCCACUGAAGACAUGGACUCCACAGAGGGUCCGCGACACCAGGCAUCAGCCCCUGUCUGCUAUGAAAUGGCCUCUGUCGUCACAACGGUCACCGUACGCCGGCACUCCUGGGCUGCGGAGCUGCAAAACGAACCUUCAGCCUCACCAGGAGGUGAGAGCAGGAAAUCAUGAGAUUGUCCAGAGGUUGUUUGAUGAUCAAGAGGACGAGGGGAUCACAAAUGUGACAAAAGAUCCUGAGACACGAGCAGAGCAGCUUCCAGUUCAAGUCACAACUACUAAACCACACUGUGAAGAAAAGGUAGAGGUGAGCAGGGUCAGUAGCAACAAGGUGGAGGAGGAACAGCAGAGGAUUGUGGGUGGACAGCCGUUCUUCCAGGCACCACAACGAGAGUCCGUCAUUUUUUUCUCAACGGGCAAAACGCUGUUGAGAGCUCCAUGCUUUGAGAAGCAGGAAGGUCCAACCCGUCACGAGCAGCACGGCCCGGUGCUGCCAGUACAUGAAGAGGUGUCGUCUGUGUCGGGGCCAACCUGUCAGAUUAACGCUGUUAAGAGUCUGCGCAGAGACCUUAUUGUUCAGAAGAUAUGUGUUCCGAGUCCUGCCGUGGCGAUGCUGCGUAAACUUUUUCCUCCUCUGGAGGAGCUUCGUAUGGACGAGGAGGUGGCCUCCUACACCUCACUGUCUGUCACGGCUGCUCCAGGUUUUCUUCCCCCUCGGCCCCGCUGUGGAAACCCACUUGCCUCCAUCUUGCACUCCGAAGACGCCUUUACUUUUGUUCCGAUUGGUUUCGAUCCCUCGUCCGGCUGUUUUUCUCCACAAAGCUCUCCGCCGCAGGAGAGAUGACUUUGCACUAAUGAGUACAGUAUUUGUGUUACUGUUAAUAUCUAGAGUGGAUAAGUUCACUCUGGUAUACUGAUGAGACUCUUUUAAUGGAACUGAUUUUGUUUGUCCAACACUGUUGCUGCCAGCCUUUAUAGGUCCAAAGAACGCUGCUAGUAUAAAACCUUUUUUUAGAAACCUUUUUUUCUCAUCGAUGCUUUCUAAAACAAUUAAAAUAUAUAUAUUUCUGUUUGAAUAAUGCAUCUUUUACACUGCAGGCACUCAUGUAAACAAUGUCGAUGCACACUUAUUAGAAACAAUGUUUAUUAAAUGAAUAAAAAACCAAAUGUUGGAGAAAAAGAAACGUCUUAAAAGUUCAAUGAAGACUCUGGACCUAAUCAGUGUUAUAGCUUUAGUUUAUAUCUAGAUAAGGAUGGCUCAGAGCAUCACACCAGAAUCCUUUUGUGUGGAUUGAAAAUGAAAAUGACUGAUGUUCACAAUGUACAGUGUUUAAAAUAAAUAAAUAUAUGUCACUGU